GUGCUACAUUCUCAUGCAUCCAGAGAAGGUACACACUCUCCUACCCAACCUGAACAUCGAUAGCUAUGUUCGCACUCAGGACGGCAACUUGACAGACGUGUCACGCACUACUGCAGUACAGGCAGUUGUUGGAUGCUUGGUGGACACCAAGGGAAGACAGGCCAGUAUCCAGUGCGUCCGGGACAACAUGGUGGAGUUGGACGUCAGCGAGUGUCAUCGUCUCAUCAAGCUCAACCAUCCCAAACUCUGCUUGAUGCAAGCGUUGCAGCGCAAGGGACUGCCGCCUCCCGUGCUUCGUGUUACCGGUGGCCAGUCGGACACCGUCCUCACUCACAUUGUCUCCGGAGAUCGGGUACUCGCUGAAGUGCCGACGUCCAUGUCAGUGUCGCAAGAUCAACAACAUCACAUUGCAUGUCAACGAGCUCUUGUCGAUCACUUUCAGCGUGAGCUUGCCGACCUGCCAGUCCCGCACUCGAGUACGGAAUCGUCGGAGGAUCUCCAGUUCCGCAAGGAGAAUGAGCUCAACCUUGCUUACGAAGGCGAGAAGUCUGACUACACUGAACCCGGCUGGAAAGCAAGCGCAUGAAACCCUAGUCAUUACAACCCCAA